UCUAAAAAAGUUUCAUAUUUAUAAAAUCCAAAACCGAUAAUAACCCAGUUUUCGAUUUAACUCAUUUCUGUACAGAAUUAACCAGAAACCAAUUGGAACACCCGUGUCCAGUUAUUCGUUUUAUUAUCAUCAUUAUUAUUAGAAAACAAAAUUAAAUUUAUCCAUAUGAAAGUGAGAAAAACGAGUACCACGUCUUGCAGGUAAGCUUAGCUAUCCAUUUCCGAUGGUGCAGUUUUCACGUACCAGAAAAGAUAUUUUGAUGUUGAUAUGUUAUUUACAAACGUAAGAGUUCAACUUCAUCGUUAACUGAUGGAAUGUCAUAGGAGAAAUGAUUUAAUGAAAUUUAUUUUUAUAUAAACGAACACUACUAUUUAAGCAAACAAACAAAAUAUCAAAAAUAAACAUGCUAACCGGCAACAACAUAACAUUGUUUAUUUAAGGGCCUCCCGUAGUCCGUAGAACAUAUAAGUUUUUAACCAACCAAACAUUGAAAGGUAUGAGUAUGGUUCAUAAGAGAAUCGUCCGAGAAUCAGAACAUGGAGCAUGAAAUGACGGAUUGCACUCGUCUUCUACCUUAUGGGUGCGACUUCUGCGCCGUGUCUACUUUUUUUUACCACCUAUAGAAAGCAGAAACCAUACCAUACUCCAUACACAUGGUCGGAUCCUGGUCCACAUGCACCUUAUUCCGUGUUAUAAUAACAAUGUAAAGAGCAAAAAUGUUUGGUCUAAUUGUAUAAAGAAAUACAAGAUAUUCCACUAAUUUAAACAAACUAUAGGCGUCGAAAGAAAUUUUGGCAAAAAAGAGAAUUUCGCCAUUUAUGGGAAGGCAUUUAAUUUUAAAAAUAAAUGCAAUUUUCCUCGAAUCCCAUUAAUUUUACGUACUUAGCACGCAUUACAUAUUUUCACCCUGUUUCCAAGUAUAUUUCUUUUUAGAAACCGUAGAUCAACAAAAUGGAAAGAAACGAAAUCGUGUUUCCAAUAUGGUUUCAUUCGUGUCAGGACCCUUCUGAUUCUAACCAAACUUCACAAAAAGGGACAUAGUAUAUGCCUUGCGAAGAAAUUUAACUUUCUAAAAGAAAAAAAAAGAACAUUUCCAAAAGCAUUUAUUUCAAAAUAUAUUAUUAGGGUUUACCUUUUUUUUUAUAUUAACCACCCCCAUAUAUAAAUAAGGUGUUUCACUUCUUCCUCCAAGCUCCAUCACCACUUCUGUUGACCUUACUUUCUCUCUUAUUGUCAUCUCGUGGGAAUUUGCUCCCUCAACGUCGUGAUGGUGCUCUCACAUGCUGCAUCGGAUUCGGACGUCUCCGUCCACUCCACAUUCGCGUCACGAUACGUCCGAACUUCGCUACCUAGGUUCAGAAUGCCGGAAAACUCGAUUCCAAAAGAAGCUGCUUAUCAGAUCAUUAACGAUGAGCUGAUGCUUGACGGUAAUCCAAGGCUAAACUUGGCCUCCUUCGUGACCACAUGGAUGGAGCCUGAGUGUGAUAAGCUCAUCAUGGCCUCAAUUAACAAGAACUACGUCGACAUGGACGAGUACCCUGUCACCACCGAACUCCAGAACCGAUGUGUGAACAUGAUUGCACAUCUAUUCAACGCACCGUUGGGAGAGACAGAGACAGCCGUUGGAGUUGGAACCGUUGGAUCAUCCGAAGCCAUAAUGUUGGCCGGUUUGGCCUUCAAGCGGAAGUGGCAGAACAAGCGUAAAGCCGAAGGAAAACCCUUUGACAAACCCAACAUUGUCACCGGAGCCAAUGUUCAAGUGUGCUGGGAGAAAUUUGCUAGGUACUUUGAGGUUGAGCUUAAGGAAGUGAAACUACGUGAAGGGUAUUAUGUGAUGGACCCAGAGCAAGCUGUUGAGAUGGUCGAUGAGAACACUAUAUGUGUUGCGGCUAUUCUUGGUUCCACUCUUAAUGGAGAAUUUGAAGAUGUCAAACUCUUGAACGAUCUCUUGGUCCUGAAGAACAAAGAAACUGGAUUGGAUAUACCGAUCCAUGUGGAUGCAGCAAGUGGAGGAUUCAUAGCACCGUUUUUGUAUCCUGAACUGGAAUGGGACUUUAGACUGCCACAGGUGAAGAGUAUUAAUGUGAGUGGUCACAAGUAUGGACUUGUGUACGCUGGAAUUGGCUGGGUGGUGUGGAGAAACAAAGAGGAUUUGCCUGAUGAACUCAUCUUCCAUAUCAACUAUCUUGGUGCUGACCAACCCACUUUCACACUCAACUUCUCCAAAGGUUCGAGCCAAGUCAUUGCUCAAUACUACCAGCUGAUCCGAUUGGGCCAUGAGGGGUACAGAAACGUGAUGGAGAAUUGCAGAGAGAACAUGAUCGUCUUAAGGGAAGGGCUUGAGAAGACAGGAAGGUUCAGCAUCGUAUCAAAGGACGAGGGAAUUCCACUUGUCGCUUUCUCCUUAAAAGAUAACAGUUCUCACACUGAGUUCGAAAUCUCCGAGAUGCUUCGCAGGUAUGGGUGGAUAGUGCCGGCGUAUACAAUGCCAGCAAACGCAGAGCACAUAACUGUUCUUCGUGUGGUCAUCAGAGAAGAUUUUUCAAGGACACUGGCAGAGAGACUUGUGAUGGAUAUUGAGAAAGUGAUGCAUGAGCUUGAUGAGCUUCCCUCGCGAGUGAUCCACAAAAUUUCACUAGGAGAGGUGAAGAGUGAAGAUAACGGCGACAACAUGGUGGUUACGGUGAAGAAAAGUGAUAUUGAGAAGCCCAUAGAGAUCAUCAAUGUCAAGAAGUCUGACAAACCCAUAUUUUGUUGAUGUUAGACCUUCAUAGGUCGACUGGUUUUUGAUUGAGUUUUUAUUUUUAUUGCGUCGAUUUUAAAAUUUUGAAAGACAUCAUGUUUCGUUUUACUGAAUUGAUUUCUAAGUUUUGAACUAAUGUGUGAUUAUUAAUGACACAUUUAUUUUUGAGACAUUAAAAGAAAGUUAAGUUUCUUUUUUU